GUCCUUUCCCCUUUGCUUAUCAGUACUUUCCCCUUUUGUGUGGAAGAGGUAAUAAGAAAUAUCUCAAUUUAGAACGGGAGGCUGCUUUUACAGCCCGAUCGUGUGCAUCUUUGCUGGCGGGUAAGCCCCUCUCUGAGUUCACUGCGACUUCCUGCAAGAAGGUGCGCAUAGGAUCGCGGCCCUAGGAAGAGUUUUUCUUGCAGUCUCGCGUCUGGAGUAGCUGCGCAGCGUGCAUCUUCUUCCUCAUCCUUGGCUUGCCAAGGGACGACGCUGGCUAGUAGUGAACACCUCCGCUCGGCGCGCACCUGCGCCCAUUAGGGAGGGUUUGGAAUCUCGAGGUGUCUUGAUUUCUACAUGGAGAGGUGCCGAAGCUCAGACCUACCUGGAGGAUGCGUGAGAUCGUCCUCUAUGAAAUGGAAGUCCUGAUCUCCACGGAAAGGGUGGGGGAAGGGUCUUAGAUCUUCAACGCUCGUGUAGAAGAGGUAACUUCAGCAGUUUUAAAAGCACAACAUUAAUAAGCUGCUAUGGAGCGUGUGUUUACUCCACUGGAAUGUCUGCUUCCCACCGGAAACCUGAAGAUUUGCCUUCUGAUUCUUAACCAGCCUUUGAACAAAGGUCAUUUUCAUCAUUUGUGGAGCAGAGCUGUUCUGAGAGCAUGUGCUGACGGAGGUGCUAAUCGCCUGUAUCAUAUCACAGAAGGAAACCAUGAGAGAUGGAGCUGGCCUUCAUGUCACCUCACAGCUGGCCCAGUGGAGAUAAGCAUGGAUUGGCUGGAUGUGACAUGCUUUUUGCCUGAUUACAUCAGUGGGGACUUUGAUUCUAUUUCGCCUGAAGUAAAGGAGUAUUAUACAAUCAAGGGAUGUGAGCUCAUAGAGACCCCAGACCAAGACUUAACAGACUUCACCAAGUGCCUUCAGAUCCUCCAGCAGAAGAUAGAGAAGAAAGGCUUGCAGAUUGACAUGAUUGUAACUUUGGGUGGACUUGGAGGUCGCUUUGACCAGAUCAUGGCAUCUGUGGAGACUCUCUUUCAUGCAACUGAGAUAACACCCUUUCCCAUCAUAGUUAUUCAAGAGUGUUCCCUGAUAUACUUACUUCAACCUGGAAAGCACAAAUUAUGUGUAAACACAGGAGUAGAAGGCAGCUGGUGUGGCCUCAUUCCCAUUGGGAGCUCUUGCGACUGCGUUACCACAACAGGCCUAAAGUGGAACCUCGAUAGAAGCAUUCUAAAGUUUGGGACUCUCGUCAGCACUUCUAACACUUAUGAUGAAUCUGGAGUUGUGACCAUUGAAACAGACAAGCCUUUGCUUUGGACAAUGGGCAUCAAAGAUAAAAAGGUGUGCUUAAAAAGUCCAUCACCACCUACUUUUGUUCAGCCCAAACCUUAAAGUGAUGCUUCCUGAGAAAAUGUUGGCCAUUAAUGAACUCAGAAUGAUGUGUGAUAUACAAGUAAUUCUCAUUGUACUUUUUAAAAAUUUCAGAUUUUAUGCAUUAGCCUGUUUUUACACAGCUUAAUUCUGUAGAAUUGUCAGGGCUUUUAAGGCUUUUGUUGUUCAAGCAAUGCUGAAUUAUAAACCUUUUUAAAAACGUCUGAACACUGAUGUAUUUUUGCAUAUGCUGUGUCUAGGAUCUUUUUCAAAAGGCAUGGAGGUCUGAUAAACAUUAGUGGAGAUACAAUACUCCAUUCCAUAACAUUUAUAACUCAGCAUCCUCAAAAUCUGGUAGCUGCCUCCAGCAAAACACCAAUUUGCCAUUUGCCAGUAUUACCUGCCCAGGCCAAUACCCACAAAGUAAGUUACUAUGACAACAGAACUGUAUGUGCAGCCUCCAUUAUGUGCAUUUGUAUUUAGCACAGAAUGUGUUUUCAAAAUCAAUAAUGUACAGGGGGAGAGCACAGCCAUGCAGCCUCCACGGUGCAGGUCCGCAAUUAGAAGCACAGAGCCAAGCCUCACUGAGGGCUACUAGCUCUUUCACACCACUAAACAAAACGUGCAGUGCCAACAGAGCAAUACUAAUCAUACAAUCCACCCUCCCUUUGUCCUCAUCCUUAACGAUAGCUUGAAUGCACAUAUUGCUGGCUCAGAUGAGCUCUUUUGUUUGCAUUAAAGGGGGAUGGGGAGACAGGUACACACCCCAAAUUUGGAGAGGGGAUGCCACCUAUGAACUACAACAUAUACACAAUUACAGAUCAUAGAUACGUAUAUAGCUUUGCAACUACUCAUAAAUGAGAUUGUCCAGAUAGAGCUUAGCCUCAUCUGUGUCACUGAGAACAGAACCAAAGCAUUGCAAAUCCCAGUCAAAUGUCCAUUUAAGCAACAUUAACAUACCAUCUGCCCUUUCUUUACUCUCAAAACAAAUGUUGAGCUAAAGCACUUCAUUGUUAUUGCCAAUAUUCAAAUAAAUAGGUUUUUAAAGAGGAAGUCAGACCAAUGCCACAAUGGGUUAUAUUCAAUUAAAUCCUACACAGAGUAGCCCCAUUGAAAUUAAUGAACCUAAGUUGGUCAUGUCUGUUAACUUCAAUGGGUCUACUGUGAGUAGGACUAGCAUGGAACACCACCCAUUGACAGGCGUUAUGCUAAUUCUUGCAUUUAAUAUCUGUAUUAAAUUCUGACAUUCAAUGGGGGAACAUAAGAGUUGAAUUGCUUUAAAUCUGGAGACAAAACAUAGAAAGAGCAAUCUGUUGGUGCUGAACAUCUUUAGGGGCAAUCAGAACCAAGUUUGCAUACAAAGACUGUCGAGAGUUCCAGUGCACUACUCAGUUUAUGCUAGCACUGAUGCAUCCCCAAAACCCGAAAGAAAUGGGGCAAGUCAUAAGAUACCAUUUGACCUUUCAGAGGAAAGAUCAUGUAGUUUACUGAGCACAAAACUUUAAGAGUCAACACAGGUCUUCAUGUGCUUGCAUUAACCAAAUAGGAAGCCACACCAGUUUUACUUUAAAACCUGGUUUAUAAUGACAAGUAGCAAAAGAUCUAGAAAGACGGUAUCACAAAGCCUACAACGUUCUCUUUUGUCACCACGUGCAUUAUCAAGUUACAGGUCUUCCUGACGCAUUCAGCCACCCCUGUAAAACAAAAGAGAAAAAGACAGACAACAUAAUCAACUUGAUACUCUACAAUGUAAUACUUUAAGUUCUAUUAUUCUGCAAUUAUCUUUUAUUUAAGAGAUCCAACGUAGUCAUUACCCAGAAAGUAACAAUAGAGUUGCUUCAGUCAAAGAUGGGCAGGGGGGAACAGACAGUGAAUUAUAUAGGAGCAGAGCAUAUGGUCAGAUCACUAUCAGCAACUUCACUGCGCAGCAGAGGGCAAAGGGGUGAAGAAGCCACCCCUCACCCAUGCCAUAGUCCUGAUCUACCCCCCUGCUCCACAUGCUGGCUAUUUGUAGAAAAAUAAAUAAAUGUGAUAUGGACUCAAAGUAGCUAUCGAUAUUACUUUAUAUUUGUCAGUACCGACAAGAAUCUAAAGAAUCUUGAGGGGCAUGCUUUACAUACCUAGAGAGAAGUUGUCAUGGAUCCCAGCAGAGGUCAUGUUAGGAGGUUGCUCACAAGUUUUGUUUUGUUUUUUUAAUACCAGCAAUACCAAUUUUGUUGCAUUUACUUACACAAUGAUGUUGUUGAUUGGAAUAUGGAUCAGUUUUACAAAGAAACCAAUAAAUCCCAUUAUUGCAAAACCUAUUGCUGUUGCCAUUGCAAUCUUCUGGAAUUCUGUAAUUAAAUAUACAUAUAUAUCACUUGUCAAUUAGAACACUGCAGUGGACGGUAAUUUUAAACAACAUGUACUGUUAAAAGGAUUUUGAAUAGUUACAACUAGACAAGUUUAUCUUUAGCCAGGAAUACCUGAACAACUGAACUGAAGUAUGAAGGAUUCCUAACCAUGUGAAGGAGAAACGUGCAUAGCUCACGUUUUACACUGAUGCUGAAUGUCCAGACUUUUUAUGGGAGGGAGGGAAUCUCCCUCCACAGAUUAAGUAUGCUGAGGGGGGACAUGUAUACACAUCUUAAGUGAUAAUUAAAUCUCCAAGAACUUUAAAAGGGUUAACAUUCCAAUCAGAUAUAUUUCUGCUACAUUAUGUGCCUGUGCUGCCACUAUUUGCCAUAUGGUAAAGUGUUCAAGCAUUUUGUGGUGUUGAAAUCUCUGGCAGUGAUUGCCUGAGCUGCUCUGGUAUACAGAGGAGCUAGGCAAGGGAGGGAGGAGGCAGAGACCAUCAAAAAGAAGACUGCUCCACAAGAAUCAGACAGAGAGGAGAGAGUCAGGGAGGGGGUGUUUCUCUAAGAUGUCAUCAUAACCAACCACAAGAGGGACCUAGGAUCUUUAGCCAGGUGAUGUAUUGUGACUAGGCACUGCCGCAUCAUUCAGUGCACUCUGUCCCAAGUCUUUUUGUUGGGUCUACAAUUCUGCCAACCAAAACUGUAUGCUCACUACAACCUCCCCCAACCAAACAUGGGAGGGAACAGUGUGUUGUCCAACAUUACUUUGAGUGUGAGGACCAGUACAACUGCACUGAGUGAGCCUUUGCCCACCUCCCAAGCUCUGAGCUGAUUAGGGAGAGUGGGGCUUGUCCCUGUCACACAAGACUCAGAAAGCCAAGGCUCAGAGUUGUGUGUGGGAGAGCAAGUGACCUUCUCUAGGCUAAGGAAAAGCAUGGGUAUUCUUCCGGAUGCUAUGUCCUCGCUAGAGAAAAAUAUGCUCAUCAGUGACAUGGUGGCAAGCACAUUCCUAAACCCUUGCUCAGACUCACUCUCCACACCCCACAAAAAAAAAAAUUUAAAAUGCACCUCUAGCCAUAGAUAAGAAAAUAAAUUCCUGCAUACCUCUUAGAAAUACAAACUCAGACAUAAUUUUAUUUUAUUUUUGUCUUUAAAAAAACUGCAUAGUACAGAUUAAGGGUUUUUUUUCUUUUUGAACGCCUCCAGUAUCACCAAAUAUGCCGCCAAACAAGAUCGGCCUCACAAGACCUUCUCUCGGUCCCACCGGUGAAAACAGCUAGGCUGGUGCGGACCAGAGAGAGGGCCUUCUCGGUCGUGGCCCCCACCCUCUGGAACUUGCUUCCGUUUGACCUCCGACAUGCCUCCUCCCUGAUGGCUUUUCGUCGAGCCUUAAAGACCUUGUUAUUCAGGCAGGCCUACGGGAUUUCUGGGGUGGGUUAGGCUAUUAUGUUGUAUUACUAACGGGUGGUUUAGAUGUAUUGUUGUUUAAUAUGGUGACCGUUGUAUGAAUAUGUUUUAAAUUGUAUUUUAUAUUGUGUAAGUCGCC